CACAACACAACACACCAAGGACCGAACAACACGCUGUUGCUGCGCGUGCCUAUACGCUACAGUGAUUAUACUUGGCACCGGGAGUUGACGUACCACUCCCGCGCUAGUGUCACAGCUUUUUUAUCCUUUCUUAUCGUCUUUCUUUUGUGGGUGUUAUCGAGUAAGUGUCCUGCGACGAUGCCCUGCAAGAAGAAAAAAUACAACGUUCGCUUUCCACCCGGACGCAUCAAAAAAAUCAUGCAAACAGACGAAGAGGUGGGGAAGGUCGCACAAGCAGUACCGAUUAUAAUUUCUAGGACAUUAGAAUUAUUUGUUCAUUCUCUAUUGAUCAAAACAUUACAGAUUACAAAUGCAAAAAAUGCAAAAACGUUAAGUCCUUCACACAUGAAGCAGUGUAUUUUAUCAGAAAGUCGAUUUGACUUUCUAAAAGAUCUAGUUAAAAACUUGCCAGAUGUUUCCACUCCUGAUGAUGAUACACAAACUUCUCCAGCUCUUCCACCAGCUAAUGUUGUUCCAACUAACUCUGCUGCAUAUACAUUCGCCUCUAAUGCCUCUCAGGCUGGAGUAGCUAAUGUAUCCAAAGAAGGCACAUCGAGUUCACAAAAUUCUUCAAGAAGAAAUUCAGUUGAUAAGGGAGAUAAAAAUAAUAAACUGGUAAAACCAGUUGAUAGCAACGAAACAGUAUUUUCAAACAAUGUCCCAAAGUUUAAAACGACUGUGCCUACAUCCUUUAAUGCUAGCCAACCAAAUUUUUAUACUGAAUUGAAUAGUAAUCCAAGUGAUAACGAUUCAAAAAACAGCUCAGUCAACCAACCAGUGUCGAACUUUUCUUGUACUGCCAAUAUUGAUGAAGAUUAUGAUACGUAGCAAUCCAGUGAAUAGUUUACAACAAUGUAAAAUCGUAUUGUAUAAAGUAUAACUUAUAUUAGUUAACUUAAACUGUAGACCUCAUAUUUAUCGAUAAUCUCAAUAGUUUCAAAUGAGUAUGAUUUGAUUGUUCUGUAGAGGAAAAUUAAUAAUCUACUUUGGACAUGUUAAUGUAUUGUAAAAUUUGACAAAAUAUCAUAAUUUUGUAAGAUUUACUAUGUAAAAAUCAAAUACCUGAAAAAUAUUGAUACAAAUAGUUCUUUUUACUUUGAUUGUGUAAGUAUUUAAUGAAGUCUGUAAUAUGCAAUAAGACUGCUAUAUCUUAUUUUUUUAAUACUAAAUUAUUAAACAAGAAUAUAUUUAUCCAAAUGAAAAACAAGUUUUACAUUUUAUUUUUUAUGCUUAAGUUAAGAUGACUUUUAAUAUAUCAUAAUUUUUG